AUGUACAACCCCUGCGAGGAGAGGGGCUUCAACAUGCAGGUCAGUGUGAGCCCCCACUCUCUUGUAGCACUGGAUCUUUUCAGUUUUGUCUACUUCUCAAUGGAACUGGUCAUCAAGGUGGCAGCCCUAGGACUCUCUGGCUACAAUGGAAGUUACCUUAGCAACAACUGGAACAAGUUUGAUGUCUUCAUCUACUUUGGAGAGGUGCUGGAUUAUCUUCUGGUUUCUCAAGGCAUCAAGAUACAUGUCCGUCAUGCGCUCAGGCUGAUGCGACUCGUAGGCAGAGUCCCAAGUAUGCAAGAUAUGGUGAUGAUACUCUUGGACACCUUGCCGAUGCUUGUGAACGUUCUCGUCCUCUACAUGUUUGUCAUGUUCAUCUUUGCCAUUGUGGGAGUUCAGCUGUGGGCGGGGCAACUGCGCAACCGCUGCUUCCUUGGAGUCGACAUCCCAAAAAACUCCAGCGGGUGGUUAAAUCCAUACUAUGUGUCCAAGUAUGAUGAGGGGAGCCCGUUCAUUUGUUCGUAUGACCACAGCAACGGGAUGCGCCGCUGCCAUGACGUGCCGCCUUACAUCCGGGAUGAGGAAACCUGUUCGUUGGCUGUUCCCAACCACAGUUCAGCUGCAAACAAGUUCUUAGUCUCUGGGGCCGCGGCUAACGCCUGUGUGAACUGGAACUCAUACUAUAACAUCUGUCGCGCCGGGGACCACAACCCCAACAUGGGAGUCACCAGUUUCGAUAACAUCGGCCACGCCUUGAUCGUCUUAUUCCAGGUUGUCACACUGGAAGGUUGGACAGACAUCUUGUUUUUUGUCAUGGAUGCUCAUUCCUUCUGGAGCUUCAUCUUCUUCAUGCUCGUCACCAUUAUGAGCUCCUUCAUCAUUAUGAACGUGUGCGCGGUCGUCAUCGCCACGCAGUUCUCUGAGAGCAUGACGCGGCAGAAGAAAGAGCAGCGAGCCAACCCUGCCGUGCAGCUGUGUCUCCAGUUCCUCCGCUGGCUGUGGACCAUCGCCUGCAGCUGUAUCAGACGCCGUAACAGGGUGCAGCCCGUAUGCAGCAGGAGUGAGACCGGUGGCAUACUGAAACAUACCUGGGAGCCAUUGAGGAGAAAACUUCUGAGGUUGAUCAACAGCAAACUCUUUGACCGGGUGAUCAUGUUAGCCGUCUUCUUCAGUAUUCUCGCCAUGGCCAUAGAACACCACGGGCAGCCUAAGCAGGUGGCAGAGAUGCUACGGAUCAGUAACAACAUCUUCACUCUCGUGUUUGUUUUGGAGCUGAUCGUAAAGCUGCUGGUCCUCAAGGGGGCCUACUUCAAGGACCAAAACAACAUUUUUGAUUUUGCCAUCGUUGUCAUCAGCUUGUGGGAGACAUUUGCCAAAGCUGAUGGCAGGUUGUCCGUCCUGCGUGCUUUUCGUAUGCUGCGGUUUGUGCGGCUGCUUCACUUCCUGCCUUACCUGAAGAGACAGCUGCUCGUGCUGAAGGCGACCAUGAAGGAGGCAGCUCUGCUCUGCCAGCUGCUGCUGUUUUUCACCAUCAUUUUCAGUGUGAUAGGCAUGUGCCUGUUUGGUGGCAAAUUUGCCUUCGAGACCCAGAGCGGAAGCACCAUCAAAGACCGGAUGAAUUUUGACUCCCUACUGUGGUCCAUGGUCACUGUGUUUCAGAUCCUGACUGAGGAGGACUGGAAUCUGGUGCUGUACAAUGCCGUGGCUGCCACCUCCCAGUGGACCUUCUUCUACUUUUUCGCCAUCAUCUUGGUCGGAAAACACGUUCUCCUCAACGUUCUCAUGGGCGUAGUCGUCCAGAGCUUCCAGGCCAUACACUCCUCAGAUUCUGAUGACGAAGACUCCAUCAGCUCCACUUCAUCCAGCCAGACUUCUGAGAGCGAGUCUUCACUGAGUGAAAACCACGAGACAAAUGGUUCCUCUAGACCCGAUGAAGACUGCCCUCUCCCUCCAUGUGGAUCCGGCAGCCCCACUGUGAUCAGCUCUGCACCUACAGAUACCAACGACCACGACACGUCUUUGAGCUGGAUCCGGAGAGUGCUGCGCUGGUGCAGACAGCAUGAGGACUGGUCCUUCUUCCUGUUCUCUCCACAGAACAGGUUCCGUAUCUUCUGCCAACGUGUGAUCUCUCACCCGAUAUUCGACUAUGUGAUCCUGCUCUUCAUCCUACUGAGCUGCGUCACCCUUGCUAUAGAGAGGCCUGGAAUCAACCCGACGAGCAGGGAGCGACAGAUCCUGAAAUUGUCCAAUUACGUUUUCUCUGCCGUCUUCCUGGUCGAGAUGCUUUUCAAGAUUGUAGCUCUGGGUUUGGUGUAUGGGAAGGACAGCUACUGCCGGUCCUCCUGGAAUGACGUGGAUGGUUUAUUGGUGAUUCUGUCUUUUGUCGACAUCAUCGUCUCUCUGGCCAGCAGGAGCAAAAACAACAGUCUGGGCUUCCUCAAAGUUUUACGUCUGCUGCGAACGCUCCGCCCUCUGAGGGUGAUCAAGCGAGCCCCGAAGCUGAAGCUGGCUGUGGAGGCUCUGAUGGCCUCGGUCAAACCCAUCGGAAACAUCGUUCUCAUUUGCUGCGCCUUCUUCUUUUUCUACGGCAUCCUUGGGGUGCAGCUGUUCAAAGGGAAGUUCUUCCACUGUCUGGGCGAGGACAUCACAAACAUCACCAGCAAGACUGACUGUCUGUCGGCCGACUACCGAUGGGUGCGGAAGACGUACAACUUUGACAACCUGCCUCAGGCUCUGAUGGCCUUGUUUGUAAUGUACUCAAAGGACGGCUGGGUCAACAUCAUGUAUGAUGGGCUGGAUGCUGUGGGAGUAGACCGACAGCCUGUAAGGAACAGCAACAAGUGGAUGCUGCUGUUCUUCAUCACCUUCAUGAUAAUGAGCUUCCUUCUCCUCGACAUGUUCAUCGGCGUGAUGGUGGAGACCUUCCACCAGUGUCAGCAGGAGCAAAAAAGACGGGAUCAAGAGGAGGAGAGAGGAAGGGCACGGCCAGAACAAGUCAGGGGUAAGGAGAAAGAUUUACACACAUAUAUAUAAUUAUCAAUUGUGAAUGUCUGCAUCUCUGUGUGUUUGUGCAUGUUCACAGAUACGGAGGUUGAGCAGGCGCCAUAUUACACCAACUACUCCCCCAUCCGUCAGUUCAUCCACAGUGUGUGUGUCAGCAACGGCCUGGAUCUCAUCAUGAACCUCACAAUCGUCCUCAGUGUCAUCUUCAUGGCUUUGGAACAUUAUGGUCAAUCUCUGUACAUAGAGAAUCUGAUAGAGAGGUCUUACUACGUGUUAACUGUCUUCCUGAUCAUCGAAGUCCUGUUGAAGCUUGUGGCCUUUGGCGUGUGGAGAUUCAUAACUAACAGGUGGAAUCUGAUGGACAUCAUUGUGGUCUUGGUCUCCAUCAUCAGCAUCGUUCUCAGGAUGAAAAUGAUGAAAACAGUUCCUAUCAAUCCCAGCAUCCUUAGAGUCACUAGAGCACUAAGACUUGCACAAGUGCUGAAGGCCAAGAAGAUCCGAGUCCUCCUGACAACCAUCAUCAAAACGUUGUCACAGGUUGGAAAUAUCUGCCUGCUCUUUAUGUUCUUCUUUUUCAUCUACGCCGUUUUGGGAGUGGAGCUCUUUGGCAGCCUAGAAUGCAGCGACGAUCACCCGUGCCUUGGUUUACAUCGGUACUUCAACUUCAAGCACUUUGGACUGGCCCUGCUCACACUCUACCAGGUGUGCACCGGAGACAACUGGAGCGGGAUUUUGAAAGACACGUUGAGAGAGUGUCGCCCCGGCAACGUUCGCUGCUUGGGCUACCUGUCCUGGGUCUCUCCGCUCUUCUUCACCACCUUCGUGGUCAUGGUCCAGUUUGUGCUGGUGAACCUGGUAGUGGCGGCUAUCAUGCAGGCUCUGGAAGACAGCACCAUGGUACAGUCAGUGCACAUGCACAGACUAACACACAGUCAUUGUUUGACAGGAACAGCUCUGAGGCUUUAUUUUAUUAUUUUCUUUCUUUAUAUUUUCUUUAUAAUUUCCUGGAAAGUUUCCUGGAAAGAACCAAGUAAUCUGGUUCUAAUUAUACUGAAAACAGACACAUGAUCUUUAUUUUACUUAUAUUAUACAUAAAAUUAAUUAAACGAAUUGUAACUUUGAAUACGAAAAAAUGUGAAUCUACAGUCAAUCAAACAACUAUAAUAUGAAUAUCCAAUAAUAAAUGAAUAGUGGAUUAAUAUUUACUUCUGUCAAGCAAUUCCCAACUGCACAUAAACUCAAAACAGCAAAUGAAUUUAAAUUCGCUGGCUCAGAACUUGAUCUGUAUUUUUUCUAUAAUUAGUACCAAAUUAAAUCAGUAUAGCAAAAGAAUCUCCUCCUACUGUGACUCGCUAUACAACAAAUAAACACUGAGGAUGAGAUUUAAUAAAAGAGCAAAUUCACACAUAUACAUAUAUAGUUAAAUACAUAAAGAUUGUCUGUGGUCAAAGUCAGUUCAGUUUUUUGUGGAUAAUUCAGAGUAACUGGGGUUUGUGUUUUUUAAAUGUAAUUAAUCACCUCAGCCCCGCUGUCAGAACACACCCUCUGAAACUGAAUCCUAAUAAUGCUAAUAAACCAAAGCCUUGAUAGCUGACUGUGAGACUGACAGAAAAACUCUACUAACCCCUGUCUCCCUCUGGAGGAGGAGGAGGAGGAGAAGGCCAUGCUGCAAGCAGAGAGGGCCCCACCGUCUCCCGAGGAG